GGAGAAGCUCGUCUGCGCUUGCGCUGAGUCGACGCUAGCGCCGCGCGCCGCGGUUUGAAAGGCCCGAGCCUCGCGCGCUUGCGCACUGAAGCCCGCGCGGGGAGCUCCCCUUCCCCGCCCCCCAAACGGGACCCUUCCUCACUCUCUAGUGUAGGUGAAGCCCACGACUUUGGCAUGCCGGAGAUCCGCCUCCGCCACGUCGUGUCCUGCAGCAGCCAGGAUUCGACCCACUGUGCGGAAAACCUCCUCAAGGCGGACACUUACCGGAAAUGGCGGGCAGCCAAGGCGGGCGAGAAGUCCAUCUCGGUGGUCCUACAGCUGGAGAAGGAGGAGCAGAUCCACAGUGUGGACAUCGGGAACGACGGCUCGGCCUUUGUAGAGGUGCUGGUGGGCAGCUCAGCCGGAGGGGCCGGCGAGCAGGACUACGAGGUGCUCCUGGUCACCUCAUCUUUCAUGUCCCCUGCCGAGAGCCGCAGUGGCUCAAACCCCAACCGUGUUCGCAUUUUUGGGCCUGACAAGCUGGUCCGGGCAGCAGCUGAGAAGCGCUGGGACCGAGUCAAAAUUGUGUGCAGCCAGCCCUACACCAAGGACUCUCCCUAUGGCCUGAGUUUUAUACGGCUUCAUAGCCCUCCAGACAAAGAGGAAGCAGAGGUCCCAACCCAGAAGGUGACAGUGACUAAGCUUGGCCAGUUCCGGGUGAAGGAGGAAGACGAGAGCGCCAGCUCCCUGAGACCGGGAGCCCUCUUCUUUGGCAGGAUAAACAAGACAUCCCCAGCCACAGCCAGUGACCCAACAGGGCCCAGCUAUGCAGCAGCUACACUCCAGGCCUCCAGUGCCGCAUCCUCCACCUCUCCACUCUCCAAGGCUGUGGGCAGCAGCUCUAAGCCUCAGGAGACCCCCAAAGGGAAGAGGAAGUUGGAUUUGAAUGUAGAAGAAAGGAAGACCCCCAGCAAACCGCCAGCCCAGCUCUCAUCUCCUGCCCUCAAGAGACCCAAAUUGCCAGCUCCCACUCGCACCCCCACCGCAGCCCCAGUCCCUGCUGUAGCACAGAAGGCUGGGCCAGAGAAGCCCCGCGGAGACGGCGACGAGCCCAGGGGAGCCCGAGCCGGCCCUCAGGAGCUGGGGAAGAUCCUUCAAGGUGUGGUGGUGGUGCUGAGUGGCUUCCAGAACCCCUUCCGCUCGGAGCUCCGGGACAAGGCCCUGGAGCUGGGUGCCAAGUAUCGGCCAGACUGGACCCCGGACAGUACCCACCUCAUCUGCGCCUUUGCGAACACCCCCAAGUACAGCCAGGUCCUUGGCCUCGGAGGCCGCAUUGUGCGCAAAGAGUGGGUGCUGGACUGUCACCGCAUGCGACGGCGGCUGCCCUCCCGGAGGUACCUCAUGGCAGGGCCCGACUCCAGCAGUGAGGAUGAGGGGGGCGGUCCCAGCGGCAGCAGCGGGGAUGAAGCCCCUAGGCCUCUAAGAAAGCGCCCCCAGACCAAAACCAAGCCUCCCCUGGCAUCUGGACCCAGCUCACCCCAGAAGCCCUUAAGCCCAAAAGAGACCAAAGCAGCCUCAGUAGGACCCCAGGAAAAUUCUGACACGGAGGAGGAAGAGUCAGCAGGUCGGGACCGUGGGGAGGAGGAGUCUGGGGACACUGAGGAUGAGCUGAGAAGGGUGGCUGAGCAGAGGGAGCACAGGCCGCCCCCUGGCCAGGAGGAGAAUGGCGAGGAGGACCCCUAUGCGGGCUCCACAGAUGAGAACACGGACAGCGAGGAUCGCCCUGAGCCUGCCGACCAGCCAAUUCCUGAACUCCCAGACUUCUUCCAGGGCAAGCACUUCUUCCUGUACGGGGAGUUCCCUGGGGACGAGCGGCGGAAGCUCAUUCGAUAUGUCACUGCCUUCAACGGGGAGCUCGAGGACUAUAUGAGUGACCGUGUCCAGUUUGUGAUCACAGCACAGGAAUGGGAUCCGAGCUUCGAGGAGGCUCUGAUGGACAACCCCUCCCUGGCAUUUGUUCGUCCCCGAUGGAUCUACAGUUGCAACGAGAAGCAGAAGUUACUUCCCCACCAGCUCUAUGGGGUGGUGCCCCAGGCCUGAACCGUGCACUUGUGUGCACAGACGUGCACGGACACACACACAGUUUAAUAAAGGUGACCUGCUUUGGA